AUGGCGAAUAGUUUGUCACUUAGAAGCAUAUUUGAUGCAAACAAGUUGAUAGGCCCAAAUUUCAUUGAUUGGUUUCAUAAUAUCAAGAUUGUCUCGAAACAAGAGAAAAAGGCUUAUGUCCUAGAUGGUCCUGCUCCUGAGGAACCUAGCGAUGAUGCUACAAAUGAGGAAAAAGAAGCUUAUAGAGUUUAUAUGGAUGAUCUCGAUCAAGCCACAUGUGUAAUGUUGGCUAGUAUGGCUCCAAAUCUUCAAAAGCAACAUGAAGCUAUGGAUGCUCUAUAUAUUAUCCUAAACCUUAGAGAAAUGUUCUAUAAAGAAAGUCGCACAGAGAGAUUCAACAUUUCAAGAGAAUUGUUCCAAUGUAAGAUGUCUGAAGGAAGCUCAAUAAGGCCUCAUGUGCUUAAGAUGAUAAGAUAUAUCACUCAACUUGAGCAGUUGGGUUGGGUUAUGGAUCAUGAUUUGAGCAUAUACCUUGUACUUUCUUUGUUACUAGAGAGCUAUUCACAGUUUGCGUUGAACUUCAACAUGAACAAGAUUGAGGUAACCCUUUUCGGGCUUAUUGAAUAUGCUCACACAGGUUGA